AGUUUACGUAUACAUUGCGAUACGUUAAAUUUAACAACUGUUUGUAUUAUUUUAUGGCGUUUUGCUACAUUAGCCCAUAAAAAUCCAUUAUUUCAUAACGAACAAUUAUAGAAGCAUAACCUUCGUAAGUUUCACUGCAAUAUUCUACGCCAAAAGAUGUAUAACCCAAAAGUGCCAUCAGGUUUACCAAGAAAAAGUAAUCAACUUAUUUCUAAUGUUCUUUUGAACGAAGAGACAAUGGUGGCCGACUUUUACCAGUCGCGGUAGUAAAAGAGGUGAGUGGUUUCAUUUCACACAGAGUUACGGAUGCAUUAAAUAUUAGCCUGCGAACAGUGACUUGUAUUUUACAAAUUUCUAAAUCGGGCCAACCUAAAAAAGCCAAUAUAAGAAACCCGUUAGCGAUGUUGAUACUUUCACACAAACAGCGAUCCAACACACAUCCAACACAGUAAGUUCAAACACCCGUUAAAUGUAGAUAGGCAUUUAUGUCAACUGUGCUAAGAUUAUAUUAUAUUAAAUUUAUAUUUGGGUAGAUACAUUAUAAGCAGUUUACAUUUGAAUUUUAGAACAACAUCUUACGCUUCAAUCCCUUUUGCAAUUUCUAAAAGGGAAAGACGUAUUUAAUGGGCCCAAAAUAUAGGGUUAUAGUAGGGGAGCUAGUCCUAAAUCUACUGAACGAGUGUUCAAAAUUUUAACCGAUGGAGUUCCACUUUGGCCUAUCCGAGUAUGCCAAAAUCAACCGCCUGGCACCUCAAGUCAUGUUACUUUAUCUGUAUCUACGUUAAAGUUGUGUUAAGUAAAAGUUAGUACGAUUUCUGGCUACGUCGAUUCAUUAGCACAUUAUCUUCCCGAUUUCGUACAUUUUUCCUUUUUUCAACGACGUCAGUUUCAAAUUUUGUUACCCUACCGGUCUGAAUCAUUUUUGUUCCUGCAGUUAACCCAGCUCUUGUUAGCCUUCUCCGUAUAGUUCUGAAAUAUAUUUAUAGAACAUUCGAGAUUCCUUAUUGUACCAGAACCGAUAGCGUUUGUUUGUAUUUUAACGUUAGUUUUAUCAUGAGAUUGUAUUAAGUUAAAGGACGCACGUUGUAUAGGUGAUAAUUGCAAUUGUACAUUAUUCACUAGGAUAAAAUUAAUUAUCUGCCCAGUGAGGCCAGUUAACUAUAAUAAAUAUGUUUCGUGUAAAACUAUUAAUGUGACUGCAGUGAAAGGAAAAUUAAUUGGAUUCUUUCCUAUGCUUAACCCUUAUAAUCUGAUCUAGCCCGGAAAUAAAAAUACGCAAAAUAUGUCCAAACGUACUCAUAACGAAGGAUGAAGAAGAAGAAUUCCCGUUACAUUCUUUACGGUCUUGUUGUGAGCAGUUAUUGGCAUAGUACUGUGAAACGUAUUUGCUGCCCACAACAUGAAUUGUGGGACGUGGGUCUUUUUGAAUUUAAGAAUUGUAAGUAGUAGUUGCAAAGUAGAUACUGAAGAAUAUUUGCGACGCGACGCUAUAAAAUACGUUUGGUACCUAUUAACGGUACAGUUCAAAAUUUACUCCAGUUACUGUUUUUACUGAAAGUAAUUUUGUGGCGGUUAUAAAAUUGCUGACAUUUACUGCAAAUGCAACAAUCAAUACGCAUGCGUGAGAUUUACUGCAAAAUACUCAUGUUGCUUCUACCAAUUGGGUGGUAAAAGCUGAGUAAACUGAGUAAAGGUUGUAGUAAACAUGUGGUCAUAGAAAAUGGAGUUGGUUCUCGAAAAUAAUGCACAGCAGAAAAUAACACUAAUUCCCGAAGAUUACGAAAGAGCUAUAAAUGAUAUUACCUUUGCAACAACAUUGCUACAAAAUGGCAGGACUACACAAGCCACUCAAGAAAUAGAAGAAAACUCGGAGGAAGUGUCGGAGAGCACUUUUGAGGUUGAGGAAUGCUCGCCACAAAGUGCAGAGGGUGCAGAGUCUCAGGAUGGAUUACCAUUACCAAUUAUACAAACAUUUGUGAAGUAUUUAUAAGGAACAUAAUUAAUUUUAGAUAACACACAUCGUUGGACGCAUGAAGGUAUUGUACUACUACUACACAAUUAUAGCGAAAACCAGCAAUAUCUUCUAAAAGGUAAAAUGAAGCAAAAUGCUUUUUGGGGAAAGAUUGCUGCUUUAAUGGCCAAAGAGGGAUUUGCAGUUAUUGGAACGCAAUAUCGCACCAACCUGGCCACAUUAAAGCGCCAAUAUAAAAAAAUCAAAGAUCAUAAUAAACGCUCCGGGAGUAACAGGACAGAUUGGCCCUAUUUAGAGAUAAUGGAUGAUUUGUUUGGAAGUAAGCCAUGGGUAGAGCCUUUGUCUACGGCUUCAAGUUCUUCAGCCUCCGAUCCCAAAAGUGAAGGUCCUAUAGCCAUAGAACCACAAAUUUCUACAGACCCGGAAUUGCAGUGUAACGAUCCGCUACCUCCUGUCGUACGUUCAACAUCUAUGUCCGGAGAACCUGUAACGUCUCGCAAUGCAGUGAAAGGCACACGAAUAAAUCAAAAGAAAAAACUACAGAGAACCGGCAGUGCCAACCGAGUUGCAGAUGUAUUAGAAAAACUUAGACAAGAUCGUCAAACGCAACAUGAACAACGAAUGUCCCAAAAACAAGAAGCACUAGAUCUCUUAAGAUCCCUAGUGGACAAAAUGUCCAAGCAAAAUUAAAAAAGAAUUGUAGUUUUUGUUUAGUUUUAUUAUAAGAGUUUCUGUUCAUUUUUUAUUAAUCAAAAUGUUCAUAAUGUGGAUGAUUUCUUU